AUCUCCCUCCUUCCACAGUCUGUUAUUUUUUGUAUUUUUGUAUCUUCCCCGUCGCCUCUAUCACUUCCAUAGCUGCGAACGUACUGUCCCUUCGACUACUGUGAGCCUGUAAGGGUUGCCUUGCCGUUUCUCUUCCCGAAAUCCUCGGCUCCGUUGCUGAAGCUCUCGGCAGCUUUCAUUACUUUCCGCUUGUAGGUUACUAUGUUGCAUGUUCGUCCAGCAUUUGUACAAAUGGCACACAUUGGCUUCAAAGAGGAACCUGCAAAUGAAGAUGGACCCGAACAGUACGUCAUUCUUAUGAAGGACAACAAAACUAUAUCUCGAGCACAAUGCAAAGACCAACCUGGUAACUUGGGUGGAGUAUGGGACAUAAAGACAACUGUGCGUCAGAGUGCUUUAGAGCUUCUCCCUGGAUCACAAUGUUUCUUCUUAUACUGUGACCCUCAAAAUGAUUUUCAGAAAAAUGAAUGGGGAAAGUUCAUGACUUUCCUUCAUAAACAUGAAAGGGUUGCUGUAUGCCGACAUGGUAUCUAUGAACUCUACGUACUUUCUCCUUUACAUAGCUCAGAUUUCACACGCACAGCUGUUGCUUACCGGGUGGUGGGAAACCCCCUCCUUAAUGAUAUUCAAAUGCAUCAUCCAGUUGCUAGGGUUGCGUUAAAGUCAAGAGACCAGAUUGUGAAUGAUUAUAAUAAACCAAUCAACACUCGACAACCUAAAUUCGAAUUGGGAAAAAGUUGCACCCAGAGUAGACAUAACUCCUCUGGUGAGGCUGCUAUAUCAUGUUCUGGUGCGGUUGUUAACUCGACGAGCAGGAGUCCUGAAAAAAAAGACAAAGGAUCAUCACUAAAAAACUAUGUACGCACUGAUCCCAGUUUUUUGAAGACGCUAGGUCAUACUCAUUCUGGUUGGGUCUUUGGUGCAAUUGCAGAGCUUGUUGAUAAUUCAAGAGAUGCAAAAGCCACCAAGUUCGAAAUUUCUGUUGGUUUGGUUUAUCUGAAAUCUGUUGGUGAGGAAAUUCCUAUGCUCUCUGUUGUAGAUAAUGGAUGCGGUAUGAACCAUCAGGGGAUUUUGAAAAUGAUAUCAUUUGGGCACCAACAACCAGAAGAAGACACCAAUCGCAUUGGGAGGUUUGGCGUUGGAUUUAAGACAGGGGCAAUGGCACUUGGAAAGGAUGCUCUAGUUCUUACACAGACUACAAAUUCGAGAUCAAUUGCUUUCCUCUCGCAGUCAUUAAAUGAAGGCAAAGAUAAUCUAGAAAUUCCCAUUAUAAGUUACCGCAAAACUGGGCAGCUAAUGGAGCUGGACACUGAAAUUCAGGAUGAGACUCUGGCAAAGUCUAGUUUGAAAACGAUAAAGAAGUUUUCACCUUUUGACAAGUAUUUCAUUGGUGAAAAAUUGGGCCUCUUUAGUGAACAAGGCACAGGAACACAGAUAUUUAUAUGGAAUUUAGAAAAGUGGGGGUCCAAUUAUACCCUGGGAUGGAAUCAUGGAAUGAGUGGUGGAAGUUCGUUCCAUCAAGGUGACAUCUUUGUGCGUAACAAGCGAAUCAGAACACGUCCCGGACAAAUGACUCAAAUGGUGCCAUUGGACUAUUCACUUAGGUCUUAUCUACAAGUCAUUUUUUUAAAUCCGCGAAUGAAGAUAUAUGUCCAAGGAGCACAGGUUAAGAGUUGUCCAUUAGCAAGGUCUCUUAAUAAGACUGUUGUCGAGAACGGUAUUAUAUUGGGAAGGCCAGUUCAACUUACGUUGGGGCGCAGUCAAAUAGAAUGGGAGAAUGCUAACUGUGGGAUUUUUCUAUAUUGGCAUGGCCGUUUAAUUGAGGCUUACAAGAGAGUUGGAAGCAUGAUUCACAAUGGAGAUAAUGGCCGUGGAAUCAUAGGUGUCAUUGAAGUUGAGGCUGUAAUGAAUGAUGGCAGCGGCCGUGUUUUGGUGCAUAACAAUAAGCAGGGGUUCCUAGAUUGCGAGGCCUAUGUUAAGCUAAAGAGGUGGUUGGGUGAAACUGUGGAUAACUACAUUGAUAAAUAUGUGGAUAAAGUAGAAUUGAGAAAAGGUGGUCGUUUGUACAAACCUGAUCAUGAAUGGGUGCAGUGCAACAAAUGUAGAAAGUGGAGAGUGCUACCAUCUGCCUUUGAUGUUAGGCUUUUACCCUUAGACUGGUUUUGCUAUAUGAAACCCUUCAAUGGGAAGUGUGAGAUACCUGAGCAAUCGGUUGGGGAUGGAGUAAUAACAGUCUCUUCGAAACGCUCACAUCAUACGAUGAAAGAAGAUUUAGUGGAUUUUCAUCAAGAACAAUUCACUAAAGGUACUGCGGCAUCUAAAGAAUCCAGUGGCGAUGAGCUUGUGAUCUCCAAGAGAGUAAGAAGAUCGCGAUCAAGGAGUUGCCGAAAAGCUUGAGCAUUUUGAAACUCAAGAAGGAACGUAGUGUGAAUAGGGCUCAGUUAGAUUUUAACAAAUGUAGAUUAAGCUUAGAGAAGUGCAGUAGAAAGGUGGAAAACACGCUGGUGAUGGUCCCACGCUGACAACGUUGCUUUUGUAAUCAACUCCAUACGAACUUGUGUUUCUCUGUAAAAUAUUCCAAUAUUGAAACUAGAGCUAAUCACAACGCUCAGGUUUAUUUUUAUAAGAGUAGUUCAAAGUAAAUCAGACAAGCUCAAAUCAUCACUCUUAAGCAGAUUCUAGACUAGAACUGUGGUAUAGAUCAAAGAACCGUC